AACUAAUAAAGUUGUUUUUGAACAACAUGGCGGCGCCCUGUUAGCGGUGUGAGACCUGUCUUGCCAGCCACUGAGAAAGAUGCACCGAGCGUUAUGUGGACUGGACAUAGAUUAAAUUGGUCUGAAUGACUCAAGAUAUUUUUCGAGACUGCCGUUAUUGUGCAUGAUGCAUGAAACUUGUCAGUUUGCUGUGUAUUCUGUGGGACUGCUGAAGCGAGCAGGAUGUCUACGUCCUCGGUUCAUUCAGGCCACGCCUGCCAUCAGGGCUGGGAUUCGGAGCGUGUUCAGCGAAAGUGGAGUGUGGGAGAGAGAUUACAGGGCAGACACCAGACGGAGGGUGGAGACAUGGUGGCAUCGACGCAUCCAGGAGCAGUGGCACAAAGAUAUGAAGGAGCAGUGCACCCAGAAGAAGAAGUUUUAUGUCCUCUCCAUGUUUCCCUACCCAUCUGGACGUCUGCACAUGGGCCAUGUGAGGGUCUACACCAUCAGUGACACCAUCGCUCACUUCCAGCGUAUGAGAGGUCAUAAGGUUCUGAACCCUAUGGGCUGGGAUGCUUUCGGCCUUCCUGCUGAGAAUGCUGCCAUCGAACGUGGCCUCGACCCUGAAAACUGGACUAAGAGUAACAUCCAGUCCAUGCGGGAGCAGCUGAACAGCCUGGGGCUGUGCUUUAAUUGGGACAGGGAAGUCACUACUUGCUUGCCUGACUAUUACAAGUGGACGCAGUACUUGUUUGUGAAGCUUUAUGAAGCAGGAUUGGCCUAUCAGAAGGAGGCACUGGUGAACUGGGACCCAGUGGAUCAGACAGUCUUGGCUGAUGAGCAGGUGGAUGAAAACGGCUGCUCGUGGCGGUCUGGAGCCCGUGUGGAGCAGAAGCUCCUCAGGCAGUGGUUCAUCAAAACCACCAACUAUGCUAAGCCUCUCCUGGAUGCCUUGGCGGAUCUCCCGGAGUGGUAUGGUGUGAAAGCGAUGCAGGCCAACUGGAUUGGGGAAUGCUCAGGUUGCUAUUUUGACCAUGUGCUGAGGUUGGAUGGUAAAGACACAGGCGAGGUACUGGCUGCUUACACGGCUUUCCCUGAAGCUGUGUUUGGAGCAGCGUUUGUCUCCAUCCUGCCUUCUCAUCGGCUUCUGCACGGCUCCAGUCCUGUGGGACCUGCCCUGAACAAAGCACUUCAGCCUGGAAGAAACUCACUCAGUGAGGUCACUGCACUUAACAUGUUCACCGGGCACGAAGUUCCAGUUGUCGUCUCUGCUAAGACUGAGUUUCUGGGACAUCUCGACACUGUGAUAGGGAUCCCUGACACCAAUGAGGAGGAUGUGUGUGUGGCGCAGGAGCUGGAUGUGACCUGGGAUUCAGUAGUGAAGACUAAAGAAGAUGGAAGUCAAACUCUAAUCAACUCUGCUGAGUUCACAGGUCAGACUCGAGAGGAGGCAUUCAACUCAAUUACCCAGAAAGCCCGGGAAAGGAAUGUAGGUGGUUAUCUCACGAGUUCAAAGCUGAGGGACUGGUUGAUCUCAAGGCAACGAUACUGGGGUACACCCAUACCCAUAGUGCAUUGCAGCUCUUGUGGUCCUGUGCCAGUUCCUAUGGAGGAGCUGCCAGUCAUGCUGCCUAAAGUGUCUUCACUUACAGGGAGAGGGGCCUCGCCCUUACAAUCUGCCCAGGAAUGGGUCAACUGCUCUUGUCCCAGGUGUAAAGGUCCUGCUCAGAGAGAGACAGACACUAUGGACACUUUUGUGGAUUCUGCUUGGUACUAUUUCAGAUACACAGACCCACACAACUCAGAAAGACCUUUUGAUCGCACUCUAGCUGACUACUGGAUGCCUGUGGAUGUGUAUAUAGGAGGAAAAGAGCAUGCAGUCAUGCACCUGUACUAUGCUCGUUUCCUCAGUCACUUCUGCAAGGACCAGGACUUGGUCUCACACAAGGAACCUUUUAAGAAGCUGCUGGUGCAAGGCCUUAUUAAGGGUCAGACCUUUCGAGUAGCUGAGAGCGGGCAGUAUCUGAAGAAGGAAGAUAUUGAUUUUACAGCCUCUGAGCCUGUCCAGCGAGAAAGCAGGAAGCAGCUGCAGGUGAGCUGGGAGAAGAUGAGUAAGUCCAAACACAACGGUAUAGACCCUGAGGAAGUGGUGCAGCAGUAUGGAAUCGACACCGUGCGCCUCUACAUCCUCUACGCUGCUCCACCCGAGCAGGACAUCCUGUGGGACGUGAAGACUGAUGCUCUCCCUGGUGUGCUGCGUUGGCAGUCUCGCCUCUGGGGGCUUGUCACUAAGCUGAGAGAGGCUCGUGAUGGCAGUGACACCCCCAACCCCUCUACCCUCAACAAGAAAGAGCACUUAGAGGCUCGGAAGAUCUGGGAGAACAAAAAUCAAGCCAUUCUGCAGGUCACCACUCAUUUGACAGAAGACUUCCUGUUGAAUGCAGCAAUCUCACGGUUGAUGGGCCUCACCAACACACUUUCCCAAGCGUCUCCUCGUGUGGUUCUGCACAGUGUGGAAUUUGAGCAGGCUCUAGUCUCGCUGUGUGUGAUGGCUGCACCCAUGGCCCCUCACCUGACCUCUGAGCUUUGGGCAGGUUUGUCUAAGGUGAGAAACCCUCUCAGCCCUGAACUCUUUGGGAGUGGAGGUGUGCUGCAGCAGCGAUGGCCCACUGUGGACCCGGAGUACCUACAAACACCUGACACAGUCGAGGUGUCUGUACGGAUUAACAAUAAGGCAUGUGGGUGUAUUACUGUGCCUCGCCAUGUAGCUCAGGAUGCGGAGAAGGUGCGAGGGCUAGUACUGGGCAGCCCAUUGGGCAUGAAGCUCCUUGCUGACCGUGCCAUUAAGAAAGCCAUCCUUUCCCCCAGGACUGCUCUCAUCAACUUCCUGGUUGAAGAAUGAACUUUGAGAGAGAGUGAGAGAGAUCACUGUGCUGUUCCAGUAUCUAAACGGCAAAAUGAGCUGUUAUUCAAGAUCUCUAGACACAGUGAGGAGACCGGGCCUUUGAACUUUGACAGAAGAUUGGAUAGAAAGUAAAGCAGUUAUCUGUUAAAACGAUGCCAUUUUUUACUUUUCAGAUUAUCCUCUUGACCUGAAAGUCUUCUGUUGAUGAUGGAGAUUAAAUUUCCACCCAUUGUUCCUGC